ACAUUAGGGCGUUCUGCUUGGAAGUGCGGUCCUAGCAUUACGAUAACGCUAAGCUGAUGUGCAAUUCACUGAAAAGAUUCAAAAAACAUCAGAUACCAAAACAGUGCGGAUAUAAAAGGCUACAUUACCAUGAGAAGCUUAGCAGUCACUACUACAGUAAUGAGGGUCCCCGAGCGCGAGUUGAUGGGUGACAUUUUGGUGCGUAAGACAGGUGAAACUUUACUGCCUAUUCACUCCAACGUAGCUAAAUUCAGACGAGGGAACGAUGGCGUUUAUGUGCACACAGAGGACUGGAACGAAAUUGUGAAGAGAAGACAACUGGUAAACGCGAAGGAAAGAAUGCGAAUCAAGAACCUGAAUAGCAUGUUUUCCCGUUUGAAGCGCAUGGUGCCACUGAUGCCUCGUGACCGCAAGCCCAGUAAAGUGGAUACUCUGAAGGCUGCCACGGAGUACAUCAAGCUACUGGUAGCUGUUCUACAGGACUCUGACAGUAAUAAUGGGAGCUCAACAGAUUUCCUGAAGAAUGCAAUCAACUAUGCAACAUCUGGUGGGAUGUGUGGUGAUUUAUGGAGGGUGGAUGAGCUACUGGACAAUGUGUCAGGAGUGUCCGGUAACGAGUUGUAUGACGGGAUGACCUUAUCCGUUCCCUUGGUGACCACUGGUUUUGGAGAAGAUGGAGACAUGAGUGGGCUGGUACUACACCACUGUGUGAUGCCCACCUAUCAGUACAUCAUCCAGGUGAACCCAGACCAGGCCAUGAUGUUCCAGCCCAGCUGAGAGAAAUGGCGGAGACCGAGGAGUGGACUCAACAAACACCUCCCUGAAGGGUUUCAUGAAAAAGUUUGGACAUUCACUAAGGACAUGCUGGGGAAGAGUGUCUUCAUUCAGAACAGACCAAACAAUGCAUUUAAGUUAUUUCAUGAAUUUUGUUUGUAUGUCCUGUGAAACCAUUUGUUAGUUUUGUUUUGUUACCUGGCAACACCUUAUAAUAAAUAUAAUGCA